AUGGCCCUAAAACAAAUGUGUCAAAAUGAAAUAAGCAAAUUAGAAAGAAAGAAAUUCAAUUCAAGAGAGUAUGAAGAAACAAGACCAUUGAGGGUGGUAUUAUCACCACCAUCAGAGAAAAAUAAGCAGAAGACAUUCAUAUCAAGUCAAAUUGUAGAAAAUAAGAUCAUCAGAAUGAUAUAUAAGAUGCUGUUAACAAUUGCAAUAAUGACGAUGUACCUGGCUGCCAUAUUCCCAAUUGCUCUAUGUUACAUCCUUCUACUACUUGGGUUACGCAAGCUUAAGAAUUGGAUUAUGCUUAACUACAAUAGAACAAUUUGGUUAUUGCAGAAUAUGCUGUUCAAGCAACUUGUGGUCUUAGAAAUAGACUUAUGCGACUAUUCCAAGGCCAAGGAUGUUCUAGUGAUCUCAAACCACCAAGCGGUAUUGGACUGUCUGGGACUCAACUACAUUUUGCACUGCAAUACC